UUCACUUCUAAAAAAGUUGAAAUAAAAUGAGAGAUUUCAAACUUGUGAGAAACCAGUAAUAAAGUAUAUAUAUUGUAAAACUGCCGCAGAUAUGGACGAAGUAUUGACGCAGAAGAAGGAGGAAGAAGAAGGGAAGAGAAGGAAAGAAGAAGAAUAUAAGAGAACGGAAGGAGAACAUGAUAAGAGGAAGGAAGAAGAAGAUGAAGCUAAGAAUGAAGAAAUAGUUCCCCCGGACGGAGGAAUAUGGGCCUGGAUGGUUCUGGUUUCCUGUUUUCUAGUUAAUGGAAUUAUUUUUGGAGUUAUAAACACUUUUGGUAUUCUCUUCGUCAAGCUGAAGUCUGACCUUGAGAAGGCGGGGGUAGAGGACGCUGCUCUUAAAUGCUCACUUGUUGGAUCCCUCACAAUAGGAUCUACCUUUCUUUUGUCCUUCCUAGUAGGAAUAGUAUCAGAUAAAAUAGGUUUAAGAUUUACUGCUCUUAUUGGUGGUGUAAUUGCUACCUUGGGUAUGGGACUAUCUUCCUUGCAUUUUCAUAGCGUAGAGGUAUUAUAUGUUUCCUAUGGUAUUCUCUUCGGUGCUGGAUCUUCUAUGGUGUACACUCCGUCCUUGACAAUUCUCGGACACUACUUCCGCAAACAUCUUGGAGUUGUUAACGGAGUUGUAACUGCUGGUAGUUCUGUCUUUACAAUAGUUCUAUCCUUCACAAAUACAUACAUUCUUGAACAUUAUGGGGUCCAGGCGUGCUUACAGAUGUUCACCAUGUUAACCGCUGUAACCAUCCUCGCUAGCCUCACAUUUGUUCCCGUCCUUCCUCCUCCAGCAAUAGUUCACACCAAACAUCAGUCCAAGUUUCGUGAGCUGGUUCAGAAAGUAAUUUAUCUACCGAACUGGAAGAAUAAAAGAUAUGUUAUCUGGGCUCUAGCUAUACCUACAGCACUCUUCGGAUACUUUGUACCCUAUGUACACCUGGUUGAAUUUGCAAAGAAUAUUCCACUGGAUGAGAAUGAGCAUAUGAACGGAGAGAAAGCUUCCACCCUGGUUGCGUGUAUUGGAAUUACAUCAGGACUUGGCCGCCUUAUUUUUGGAAAGCUGUCAGAUCACAGCAGAAUAAAAGUAAAUGGGAAUAGGAUUAUUCUACAACAAAUAGCUUUUGUAGCAAUAGGUGAGAUAAGAAUUUCAGACGUAACACUCAACUCAUGUACAUCUGAAUCUGAGCUUAAUUAACUUAACCGACCUUUA